AUGACCAUGUACACUCCCACCAUUCUGGCGCUUCGAGUCACCAACUUCGUUCUCACCUUGAUUGGUGUCCUUGCAACCUGCUUCCGGCUAUGGCGUCGAAAGACCACAACUCAUAUUUGGUGGGAUGACAUAUGGGCCGCGCUGGCGAUGAUCCUCGGGAUUAUUUUCAUGACCUCUUUCGAAAUCUUCUUUCAAAAUCAGACUUCUCACACUCUUGCAACUAAAACAACUAUUUAUUACCUUGUUGCCCAGUCUUACCUUGCUGUGAAUGGGGCUGCCAGAAUUUCAAUUCUUUUUAUCGUGAUCCGCAUCUCCGUAGGAAGAGUGCGGUAUUUUCUCAAAUGGAUCGCAGCUAUUUUCCUUCUAACAUGGUUUAUUCUUACCGCUCAAUUGCUCUGGACGUGCGAGGGGAAAAACGCGGAUUGGGGCCCAAGCCAUUUGAUUUGCGCAGUGCCCUUGAGAGUUGCGAUUGUACAGUUGACCACCGAUGUAUUGAGCGACUUCAUCUUAAUUGUAACGCCCCUCCGUCAUGUCUGGAAAAUAAAGUUAUCAAGGUCACAAAAGAUCCGCAUUAUAGCGAUUUUCUCCAGCACGAUAGCUAUGACAAUCGUCAGUGUCAAUCAUGCGUAUUGGCUGAUAGUAGACGGUGGCGGGUUAUCUGAGGCCCUGGCGGCAGUCAUCCAGAAUUCCGUUAGUCUGCUUGUUUGCAAUUUCAGCGUCAUAAUCGCCUUCAUCUUCCAAAUCGCGGCGGAAGAUGCAAGGGGCUCUUACCAUGUAGAAGCUGGGACCCUCUCUCUCCGGUGUAAGGUGCCUAGCGGUGUGCCUUCAGGGACAGGUGUGCGUAUUGAGCGGACCGAAGUGAUAACUUUGGACAGCCUUGGUUCAUUGCACGGGAACACGACAAAAAUCGGUCAACCUUUUGACACGGAUAGGAAGGAUUUUUUGAUGGAACAGGACUGCACAUGA